AUGCCUUCAAACGCAGAUAGCCGGUAUACCCGUGUGUCAACUAAAAAGCAUGCUCCGAACCAAACAGCCACCGAAAUCAGUCGCUCAAGAUGGGUUCGCUGGCUUGUGGGUUUCUACACCACGCUGGUUCUCUUCUCCUGGAUCAUGGUCUGCCUGCUCAACUACCGCCCCGGCACCAUUGCAAGCUAUCAAAGUAUCCAAACAACAAGGCACCCGAGCCGUACAGUACAGGGUGGAUCAGCAGUCAGCCCAUACGAGCCAAUGACAUCUGCUGUGUGUUCAAGUGCUGUAGUGAUCUACCUCCAAUGCCGCACAGAUAAAUCGGAUCCCAAGAUCACUCUGCGUCAGUUGAUGGUACUAGCGGACAAAGGGUGGACGGAUGUUUCAACGUACUUCCAACUUUCAACGGAAUGGACUCGUUAUGGAACGCCAUUUCUAGCAUGGGCAUUGGCUCUACAUCUCGUUGGCGCGAUCAUCUCUCCAAUCCAGCGGAUCUUCUUGUCAACCGAAUUGGUCAAGUCUCCAAGAAACAUAACCGUCAUUGGCCAGCUGCAUGACAUGCCGGACAAAUUCAUUGAGGAUGCCUACUUUCCCAAACUCUCAAUUAUACCCAUGACCAAGAAGCUACUAGAGAGCACUUCUGCCAAGAUGGCCCAUCACAGCUUUGGGCGAGAGGAAUAG